AUGGACCUGGAACACAAUGGAACAGUGGAGUAUUACGACAAGAAAAAUUCAAAGCGCAGGAACUACUGUUUUAAGGAUUAUACAGAACGAGGCAACGAAAUUAUAGACUAUAUCCCAGGAAUUCCUGCAACUCGCCUAGCAGAUUUAUCAGACCGACUUGUUCAUAGUAAAAGUGAAAAAAUGGAGGAAUUAAUAAUAGAGGCUGUUUCUAAGGUGUCCAAAGCACAAUAUCUCUUAUCCACUUCAGUGUAUGAACUUGAAUCACAAGUUUUUAACGUCUUGAAGCCAAAAUUCCCCUUCCCCAUCUACCUUAUCGGACCAAUUAGUAUUAAUCCUGAGUUUCAUCUUCAAAAUACUUCUAAUGACAAUACUAUCAUUAGUGGUACUGUCCCAGAGUAUAUACAGUGGUUAGAUUCUCAACCUGAAGCAUCUGUCUUGUACCUCUCGUUUGAGAGUUUUCUUUCAGUUUCAAAUACCCAAUUGGAUGAAAUUGUGGCUGGCAUACGAACUGGUGGCGUAAGACACAUGUGGGUGGCACGUGACAAUGUGUCAAAGAUCAAAGAUGGUUGUGGCGAUGUGGGGUUUUUGGUGCCUUGGUGUGACCAAUUGAGGGUGUUGGGUCAUCCUUCUAUUGGUGGGUUUUGGACUCACUGUGGGUGGAAUUCUACUCUGGAAGCUAUUUUUGCUGGGGUUCCAUUGUUGACUUUUCCUAUAACUGCAGACCAACUUUCUAAUAGCAUGCAAAUUGUUGAGGAUUGGAAGAUUGGAUGUAAGGUUAAUAAUAAUAAGAAGAAGAUAAUAUGUGCAGCGACAGAUCAGAUAAGUGUAGUAAAAAGAGAUGAGAUUUCAGAACUUGUGGGGAGAUUCAUGGAUCCAGAAAGCAAUGACACGAAACUGAUGAGAAAAAGAGUCAAAGAACUUCAGAAGCCAUGUCGACUAGCAAUCGCUAAAGGAGGUUCAUCGUACAACAAUCUUGUUGCUUUUAUCAAGGACAUUUCACCAAGCAAUUAA